AUGCCCUCCCGGACCACAAGGCUGUCCGACAAGGCCGCCCUCCCCUUCAAAACAUCGAACAAACAGCGGAGACAGGACCUCCACGUCAAGCAGAAACGGGCGAGGGAUGCACUGAAACGGGCCGAGAGAUUCACCCGCAAAAAGGAGGAGGCGAAGAAUCCGCGACUGCGAGAGGAACGGCUGCGGCGCAAUGUCCCCAUCACGCUGGACAAGAAACGGGUCUACGACGACAUCGCGGACGAGCCUGAAGACGGGGGCUUGGGGAGGGUCUAUGAUGUGGAAAGGCUGAAGAGGAGAAAAUUGGCCGAGGAACAGGAGUCACAGCACGAUGGCGACGUGGCUGAGCAUGAAGGGGACGACGACGAUGAUGAUCAUGAUUCCAUGCUCGAGGAAAGCGACGACGAAGAUGAUCACGAAGAUGAUCUCGAGCCUGCCGAUCUGGACGAAGACACCCAAGACCCUCUACCCUCAAAAUCCCAGCUCAACUCCUCGAGAUCUCGACUCAAAGACCGCGCACCUUCGCCGACCCGUUCGACGACCUCGACCAACCUCUCCCUGGCGCCCGCCGCCCUCGCCGCCAAAUUUCCUACUCUCUUUUUGUCGCCGGACGCACCUCCUCCUCCACCACCGAAGAUCUUGAUCACCACGUCGCUUAACUCGACCUUGCACAAUGAAGCCGCCAUCCUCACCUCCUUGUUCCCCAAUUCGAAGUACAUCCGCCGCUCUUCCCACCGUUACGGACAUAAAUUCUCCGUCCGCGAGAUCUCGGCCUUUGCCGCCAAGCACGGAUACACGUCCGUCAUCGUCCUCGAGGAGAACCAAAAGAGGCCCUCGGGCAUGACCGUUGUGCAUCUUCCCGUAGGCCCGACGUUCCACUUCACGAUCUCCAAUUGGUAUUCGGGCAAGCAGAUUCCGGGCCACGGUCGCCCUACAGACCACGUUCCGGAACUGAUCCUCAACAACUUUACGACUCCGCUAGGUUUGGUGACCGCUCACCUCUUCCGCUCCCUUUUCCCCGCAAAUCCGGAGCUCCAGGGCCGGCAGGUCCUGACACUGCACAACCAGCGGGACUACAUCUUCCUCCGCCGGCACCGGUACAUCUUCCGCGCAAAGCGGGAAACAGAGAGAUCCGUAGUUGGCGCGGAUGGAAAGGAGAUGAAAGGCACCGAAGGCAUCAGAGCCGGACUGCAGGAACUCGGGCCGCGAAUGACUCUGAAAUUGAGGAGGGUCGAUAAGGGGAUACAGAGAGCAAGUGGCCAGGAUUGGGAAUGGAAGGCCAAGAUGGAGAAGACGAGGACGAAAUUCCAGUUGUGA